AUGAUAUCCAUCUCAGACAGCCUAACCAUCAUAUUCGGUUGCUUAUCCCUCCUCUUAACUUACGUCACCGCCGCAUACUUCAAUGGUCGUACUCCCAGCAUCUACAAAACUGGGGUUGAAAUAAUGUUGUCCGGAAGGAAUGAGAGAUGUGAGAGAUUCAAUGAGAGGAAUGGGAUGAAACCUCUCGGGGCCGAGCCGAAAAACUCACCAAACAACCAAACAACCAAACAACCGAACCGAAGAACCACCGAAUAA